UUCUUCAGAUAGUUCCAAUUGAAAAAUUCGCAGGAGGAGCUGCAAUUUUUGUUCGCUCCGCUCGAAUCCCGUUGUUUUUGGCCUGUAGUACGCUCAAAGGGGGCGAUAUUGCGGUGUUAAUGGGUCAAUUAGUGGUGAUUGUGUAGGAAUUUUGGUGGAAAAGUGAAGGGAAAUUGCCGUGGGCAGCAGCAACAGUCGCCACCUGGAGCAUCCGGAAAGUCGGUGGGGCGCCAAGAUGAACGUGUUUGGUGUGAAUGGGCUGGGUAUCAAGGAACAGACGAUAUGCAAUCUCGAGAGGGGUACCAUUGUCACCAAAUUCUUCCCACGGCGCAAGCCGGAGAAGAAAACACUGAUGCUGAGACGAGAAACUGGCCAGGUGAUUUGGUUCCCGAUAACCGCAGAGAAAGACAAUCGCAGCAGCUUCGAGGGUUCCCUGGAGAUCCGUGACAUCAGGGAAGUGCGUGCUGGGAGGAAUUCUAAGGAAUUCGACAAAUGGGCAGAAGAGAGCAAGAAAGCUGAUCAGCAGACAUGUUUUGUGAUCUUUUACGGUGCUGAAUUCAAAUUGCGUGCCUUGUCUGUGGCUGCUCUGUAUCAGAGGGAGAGGAAUAUGUGGAUUUCGGGACUUCGGGACAUGAUGCACAUGGUUACGACAUCUUCUUAUCCCCUUGUGGUGGAAAGAUGGCUGAGGAAGGAAUUCUAUGCCAUGGAAAAUUCCAGGGAGACUCUGACCCUGAAGGAACUCAAGUCGUUUCUCUCGAAAAUCAAUUGCAAAAUUAGCACGCAAAAGCUUAGUGAUUUCUUCAAUGAAGUCGAUCAGAGGAAGAGGCAUGAGAUUGGAUUUGAUGCUUUUAGUAAGCUCUAUCAGAAACUCAUGCUGACUCCGAAUGUGCUGCAGGAUUGCUUCGAUAGGACAUUUCCGUACUCCAAAAAUGAUCAAAUUGUCACGCUGCAGGAGUUCCAGAGGUUCUUGCUCAAAGAGCAGAAUGAAUCAGAGGCCAGUGACAAGGCUUUUGUGUCAAAUCUCAUAAAGGACUUUAUCCAGGAUGUGCAGCGGGAUGUCCAGGAACCCUAUCUUACUCUGCCUGAGUUUGUGGACUAUUUGUUUUCCAAACACAACGAAAUCUGGAAUGGGAAGUGCAAUCGUGUAUAUCAGGACAUGACACGUCCACUAUCACACUACUGGAUAUCAUCAUCUCACAAUACAUAUCUCACAGGAGAUCAAUUCUCCAGUGAUUCCUCCACUGAAGCCUAUGCUAGAGCUCUGAGAAUGGGAUGUCGUUGCAUUGAACUGGACUGUUGGGAUGGUCCAGACAAUAUGCCAUUGAUUUUUCAUGGGCAUACAUUUACGUCUAAAAUAAAAUUUACAGACGUCAUUAAGACAAUCCGGGAUCAUGCUUUUGUGACAUCGGAAUAUCCAGUGAUUUUGUCAAUUGAACAAAAUUGUUCUCUGAAGCAACAGAGAAAUAUGGCAGAUGCCAUGAGGGAGGUUUUUAAGGACAAUGACAUGCUUCUAAUUCAGCAGAUUGAUAAGCAAGAACAGGAACUCCCAUCACCGGAACAGCUGAGACGAAAGAUAAUUCUUAAGCACAAAAAGCUGCCGGAGGGAGAGGAGAGAAACUCCCUGACAAGCGACGAAGGGGAUUGUGAUCUAAGAAAUAGUGAAAAAGAGGAGAUUCUCUUCAUUCUGGACCUUGUUGACAGACGAUGGGUUCCCCAUCGAUUUGCUCUGAGGCAGCACAAACUUAUGUAUCGGCCAGAGCGCGAGGAUGCGCGAGAUGAAGAGACAGACUUUGAGAGUCCAGUACCGAAGCCCAAGGACAGCAUUCACAACAAUGAGCUGCAUUUUGGGGAGAAUUGGUUCCAUGGGAAGCUAGAGGGGGGUCGGGAAGAGGCUGAGAUGCUGCUAAAGGCAUACAGUCAUCUUGGGGAUGGGACAUUCCUGGUGCGGGAGAGUGCAACAUUCGUGGGGGAUUACUGUCUGUCAUUCUGGCGCAGAGACAGACCAAAUCACUGUCGGAUUAAGUUGAAGCAUGAAAAUGGACUGACCAAGUACUAUCUGCUGGAAAAUUUGCUCUUUGACUCUCUCUAUUCCCUGAUCAUGCACUAUCGUCAGAAUGUUCUGAGGAGUGCGGAAUUUUCGAUAACGCUGAAGGAGCCAGUGCCACAGCCGAAGAAGCAUGAGAAUAAGGAGUGGUACCAUCCGAAUUUGACCAGGGAAUUUGCAGAGAAGGUACUGAAGCAAAGGCAGCAGGAUGGAACGUUCUUGGUGAGGCCCAGUGAUACGGAUUCCAAUACUUAUGUCAUAUCAUUUUGGGCACACAAAAAGAUCAAACAUUGUCGGAUAACUGUCGAUGGGAGAUUGUAUCUGGCUCCUGGGACACAAUUUGAGAGUUUAGUUAGUCUGGUCAAUUACUAUGCCAAGAGUCCGCUGUACAAGACGGUCAAGCUGACGUAUCCGAUCACGAGGGAGAUGCUGAAGUGUAUGAGUAGUUCGAUGAUUGGAUUGGGGGAUUUUCUGGAGGAUCCUUUGGGUGAUGGAACAUCGAGUUACAUGGAUCCUUCGUCCGUUGAGGAGAAGAUUACGGUGAAGGCUCUCUUUGACUACAAGGCUCAGCGGGAUGAUGAAUUGUCCUUCUGCAAGCAUGCGAUUAUCACGAAUGUGAAGAAGAAGGAGAAUGAAAUGUGGUGGACAGGAGACUAUGGUGGGAAGAAGCAGCACUAUUUCCCAGCCAACUAUGUCACGGUGAUUGAAACAACUGAAGGUUGCUGCGAUGAAAAUGCCAAUACAAUGCACAAGGAGCUGGAUGUGAAUGGGGCAGUUGUGGAAAUUGAGACUGUGGAUAUUGUGGAUCCUGAUCGUCCUAUUCAAUUUAUGCUGCGCGUCCAAACCCCAUCAAUGGACAAAGUCUUUGACAUUGGCUGCGAAAGUCAAGCUGUGGCAGAAGAUUGGAUGGCAGCCAUCAAAGAAGCUGCCCAGAAUGCUUCAGCUUUGGCUGAUGAGAGGCGCAAGAAGGAGAAGAAUUUGCGAGUGGCUAAAGAAAUGUCAGAUAUGAUCAUUUACUUCCGUAGUGUGCCAUUCAAGGAGGAUCGUGAAUUGCUCUUCUACGAAAUGUGCAGCUUCUCGGAGACAAAGGCAGAAAAAUACUUUUUCCAGCAGCAUCAGCAGCACUUUAUCAAGUACCACCGGAAGUUGAUCAGUCGGGUGUAUCCCAAAGGGCAACGUCUCGAUUCAUCAAACUUCAAUCCAAUUCCCUUCUGGAAUAUUGGCAGUCAGAUGAUUGCACUGAAUUUUCAGACACCCGACAAAAUGAUGCAGAUCAAUCAGGCCAAGUUCCGGGACAAUGGAGUCUGUGGAUACAUCCUCAAGCCGGAUUUUAUGUUUACAGAUGUCUUUGAUCCCAAUAUGCCCAAUACCCUGAUUGGGGUCGAAGGGAAGACAAUCAACAUCAGGAUCAUCGGCGGAAGGCACUUGUUCAAGUCUGGCAGGAAUAUCAAUAGUCCUCUGGUUGAAGUGGAGCUUCUGGGGGCUUCUUUCGAUGCUGGUGUCAAGCACAAGACCAAGGCAGUUGCGGACAAUGGCUUCAAUCCAAUCUGGAAUGAAAUCUGUGAGUUCCACGUGAAGAAUCCGCAUUUUGCGAUGCUGCGUUUUGAAGUUCAAGAUGAGGAUAUGUUUGGGGAGCCCAAUUUUAUCGGUCAAGCUGUCUUUCCGGUGAAUGCCAUCAAAAGUGGAUAUCGGAGUGUGCCUUUGAGGAACAAGUACAGCGAAGAAAUUGAGCUGGCUACCCUUCUGGUGCAUAUAUCAAUAAGAACAGGUUAAUCAAUUGAGCGUAGUGUCUUUCUCUCUUCCAAUUUUACUUCUUGACAGCAAAAUUUUACAUUUUACACAAUAGAAAGAAAAAUAUUUUCUCCUGUACUUUUAAAUUAAGAGGAUAUCUUAUUUUUAUGUAUACACAAAAGAGUCGUUAAAUAAAUGCCCCAAAAAUUGGCGGGUUCAAAUUUAAA